CCCUCUCCUUCUUAACUCCUUUGGUUAGAGCCCCCCCCACAACCCCCAACCCCAACUCCUUUCCUUCCUCACUCUUCACUCUCUCUUCCCACCUCUCUUUCUCUCUCUUCUCUCUCUUUAGUACCACAGAGAGGGGGAAAACAAAAAAGGGCAAAGAAAGGGUAAAAACAAACACAAGAAGAUAUGAUACUGAGCGCAAGAUUCAAUCUUUUGAGCUUUUGGUUCUUGUCUUAAAGAUAAUGAGCAGAGGCCCUGGUGUCUUCUUCUCCGAAGAAGAAGAUGGUUUCGCAUUUCUAUGAACAGGAAUCACUUCACCACAAUCCAAUCUUUGAUGCCCUUUACUGUGAGGAAGAGCGCUUUGAUGAAUGUGCCGGGGGUGGGUUUGGCUUGAAAGAGCCGGAAAUCGAGGAUUUUAAUGAGAUUCAACAAAAGCCCUUUGCUUUUUUGUUUGAGCAUGACCUUUUCUGGGAGGAUGACGAGCUUGCUACGCUCUUGUCUAAGGAGAAGAAGCAAGCCCGUUUGACGGAUGAUGUAAUAAUCUCAGAUGGGUCUUUGAAGAUGGUGAGAAAUGAGGCCAUUAAGUGGAUGCUGAAGGUGAUUGGCUGCUAUGGGUUCAAUGCCAUGACUGCUCUUUUGGCUGUUAACUAUUAUGAUAGAUUCGUCACAAGCCGUUGCUUUCAGAAAGAUAAGCCAUGGAUGAGUCAAUUGGCUGCUGUAGCCUGUCUAUCUAUAGCUGCCAAGGUGGAGGAGACGCAAGUGCCUCUUUUAUUAGACCUACAAGUAGAAGAAUCUAAGUACUUGUUUGAAGCAAAGACCAUCCAGAGAAUGGAGCUUUUGGUGCUUUCUACCCUCCAAUGGAAAAUGAAUCCUGUGACGCCCGUCUCAUUCUUUGACCAUAUUGCAAGGAGAUUUGAGUUGAUAUCCAACCUACACUGGGAGUUUUUGAGGAGAUGUGAGAGAGUAAUUCUCUCAAUUAUCACUGAUUGUAGGCUUGUGCAUUAUCUUCCUUCUGUUAUUGCUGCUGCCACAAUGAUGUAUGUGAUCAGAGAGAUAGAAAAUUGUGAUGCUGUGGAAUAUCAGAAUCAACUCAUGAGUGUGCUCAGAACUAGCAAGGAAAAGGUUGAUGGUUGCCACAAACUUAUUGUGGAGGCAAUGGACGAUCUUAACCGUAAUUCUUUCUGCAAGCGCAAACAUGAAUCCAUACCGAGCAGCCCAAGUGGUGUAAUUGAUGCCUAUUUCAGCUCUGAUAACUCUGUUGAUUCAUGGGCUGUUGCAUCAUCAGUUUCUUCAUCACCCGAGCCUCUGUUUAAGAGAAGCAGAGCUCAGGAUCAGCACAUGAGAUUGGCUCCACUAAGCAGUGUCUCUGUUGGUCUGGCUAAUCGUCCUCAUUGAACUCGCAUUUUCUUAUUUAUAUGAUAUUGGCAAUGCUACUUCAUAAUCACUCUUUCUCGCUAUGUUUUCUAUCAUAAUUUAGUACGAUCCACAAUGUUUCUACUAUUAUCUCACUGUAUUUUCUGGCCAAUCCCAUGUGAUGGAUCAGACAUGUUUAGACUCUAUCACCUCUUUGAUUGGGGAUGGAGGGUGAGAUUGGAGAGAGAGGUUAUUGGAGUUAUUUUUCAUCGGUGGACCAUUAUCGUU